AUGAAGGUGCUUCUGUCUCUUCUCUUGGUUGCCAUCGCUUGCGUGGAGUUUGUGAAAACCUUGGAAUGUUACACUUGCCUUGAACCUACCAGUGUUGAUAAGUGUAUGACGGUCCAGACCUGCAACCAUAAUGAAACCAUGUGCAAGACUACUAUGUAUUCCCUGGAGGAUGUUUAUCCCUUCAUGGGAGUCUUGACUGUCACCAAGAUGUGCUCUUCCAUCUGCAUCCCAUCCGAUGUGGAUGGGAUUGGUUUGACGCGCCCCGUCUCCUGCUGUUACACUGACCUGUGCAACGUGGAUGGUGCAGCUAGCCUGAGGAGCAGCUUUGUGCCAGUUGUGAUGUUAGCAAGUUGUCUUUGCAUCCUCUUCUGGACUAGACUGUGAGGAACUGAUGGGGAGGUCUUUCAUGCUGAAGAACUCAGUGAAGAAGAGAAUAAACCCCUGCUAGCCCAGAUUUUUGCUUGGGUGCCUCAUGGACAACCCUCAACAGCUCACAGAAAUCCCGUUUUAGUACCCA